AUGCAUUCGACACACAAGAACAAAUCGACGUCUCCUGCAACGACCCAGAGAGCGACAGAUCCAAAGCUCCAUUUUUCAUUUGUGAUCGACAACCGUGCCCUAAUCGCACUCCACGGUCCAUCACUGCCGAGGAAAGAUGCUAUGUGUGAAUCAGAUGAGUCUAGCACCCCAGCGGCCCCGCACUCCAGUACACCAGCACAUCGAGAUCUACUUCUCACCACGUCACUCCUGUCCCGUCCCAACCCGCAUCCCUGGGCACCCGCAUUCCCCAACCUGUCACCAGUACAGGUCAAGCGCGAGGAGAUCCUGAUCUCCCUCGAAGAACUGAGGCAGUCGCAGAGCCUGCAGCGACCCCUCAAGCAAUCCCCCAGCCCUCCUUGGGGCCGCGUGUCCCCUCCUGACAAGGAGACACUGAGACUCCUGCUCCCCCUGCAAUACAAUGGAAAAACCAUCAUUGAGUGCGAUCGGUUCCUAUCCCAACUCUGCAUCUACUGGCUGGUCAACACGUUAUUGACAACCAUCGAGCUCAAGGUGCAGGUCGCUCUAAGCCUCCUUGAUGGCGACACUCGUACCUGGGCCACUCCAUUCUUUGCCCAGCUUGUAUCGGUACAGCUAGGUACCCAAGGAGUCACAACCCCGUUUGCAAAUGAGGCAGCCUUUGCUACCGCGCUCAAGGCCUGCUUUGGCAAUCUCGACGACGAAGCUGCAGCCCAGGUGGAACUGGCAAAGCUCUGCGCGGACAAGUCAGUCCACGAGAAACACACCGCUGCGGAAUUCUCCGCACUAUUCAAGGGUCCGGCGGACCAUUCCGGGUAUGGAGACCUGGAACUCCGCAACAAGUACCUGAGCGGUAUCCCCUCCCGUGUCUACCGCAAAAUCGAGCUCAAAAUGUUCACCACGUGGGAAGAUGCUGACAAGCGUGCCACGGAAGUCGAGCAAAUACUCGACAUCAGCCGGGCCCGUCGGCCCGAGUUGAACAGUUUCUUCUCGGCCCGAGGAGGUGGACAAGGUGGAGCGCAUGGUGGUACACCCAGGUCACAUGGAGUGUCGGCCAGCAUCAACACUGCCGUCGGAAAAGGAGACUUCUCUGGCAGUUGCUUCAGCUGUGGGAAGCAAGGGUACUGA